UGUACUCAUAUUAGGGGGUGUGAUUUGCACUUCAGGGCCACCGUAGUGUAGCCUACCUGGAGACUGCCGUACUCACUCAGGCGCGAUGCCGCGACCGUAUUUACAUUUUCUCACUACAUCUCGGAACGCGCACGUGUGCAAGGUUUGUCUUUGUCCAUCAUUGCUCGCAGUAGGUAUGCUACUGUUUUCUUCAGCAGAUGAUAGAAACAGUUUUCAUGCCUGCUUACAUCCACGACAUCCAUGGUCUUUUCAAAAUCGUUCGUCAAUCUCAAGAGCCGUUUAGAAGGACAAGCUUUUAAUUUCUACGUCUUCAAACAGAGCUGGCACGGGCACUGAAAAAUUGGCUUUGGGUACUCGUAGCCACGCAACGCUCUUCACAGACGCUGUGGGGUUGCUCUGAAGAUUGGAGAAUCCUAAACAUGUAGGGUUCCCUCUUGCAAUUUUGCGUUUGGAUGAUGUAUAGUUUGACAAUUGGUGAGUUUGUGGUGCACAGAGAUUUGGAAAACGGUCAACAUGUCCCCAGCAUCGGCUGCAACGGGCAGUGAGAGCAGUACCAUAACCGUUCCCGAAGAAGACACGGAAAGCCGCCGCGAGGAGCAGCGGCCCCUGAAACAGUCUCUGAGUAAGUCCCUGUGUCAUGAGAGCCACUGGAAAUGCCUGCUCCUGUCCCUGCUCAUGUAUGGCUGCGUGGGGGCCAUGGCCUGGUGCCAUGUGACCAAAGUGACGCGCCUCUCCUUCGACAGUGCCUACAAAGGGAAGUCCAUGAUGUACCACGAGAGUCCCUGCUCCAACGGUUACAUCUACAUUCCCCUGGCCUUCCUGGUGAUGCUGUACAUUGUGUACCUGGUGGAGUGCUGGCACUGCUACUCCAGGAACGAGAUGCAGUACAAGGUAGACGUGGACAGCGUGGCCGAGCGCAUCCAGCGCAUGCAGCAGGCUACGCCCUGCAUCUGGUGGAAGGCCAUCAGCUAUCACUACGUCAGGAGGACCCGCCAGGUGACGCGCUAUCGUAAUGGUGACGCCUACACCACCACGCAGGUGUACCACGAGCGCGUCAACACCCACGUGGCAGAGGCCGAGUUUGACUACGGCAGCUGCGGGGUGAAGGACAUCUCCAAGCACCUUUUGGGCCUGGAGGGCUUCCCCAUCACCAGGCUGAGGUUCACCAAGUGCUUUAGCUUCGCCAAUGUGGAAUCUGAAAACUCCUACCUGACGCAGCGAGCCAGGUUCUUCACAGAGAAUGAGGGUCUGGAUGACUACAUGGAGGCUCGAGAGGGGAUGCACCUGAAGAAUGUAGACUUUAAGGAAUACAUGAUUGCUUUCUGUGACCCGGACCACCUCCCCUGGUAUGUGUCGAGCUGUGUCUUCUGGGUGGCCGCUGCCUUCACCUUCUCCUGGCUUCUGCGGGUGUUCACAGAGUACCGUACUGCUUGUGUGCACUACCACGUGGAGAAGCUGUUUGGCUUCGAUUACGUCCCUGUCACGCCCUCAGAAGAACGGCCCUUCUGCCGCCACAUCCCCCGGGUCAACACUAUUGACAGCACAGAGCUGGAGUGGCACAUCCGCUCCAACCAGCAGCUAGUGCCCAGUUACUCUGAGGCGGUCCUCAUGGACCUGGCCCAGAUCUCGGGGAACUCCAACACCUUUUCAGUGUGCGGCGGUUAUGGAAGCUACCGUCAGAACUGCGAACGCUGCCAUCGCACCAUCAGCAGCUCCUCCAUCUUCUCCCGCAGCGCUCUCAGCAUCUGCAACGGCGGCAGCCCCCGGAUCCCCUUCAGUGCCAGCCGCUUCUCUCUAGGACGCCUGUACGGCUCAACGCGGAGCUGCUUCUGGCGGAGCAGCGGGAGCCUGAAUGAGCCGUCAUGCCCCACGGAGAGCACACGCUGCCUGUCGGAACAGCAGGCCAGCCAGGAGAAUCCCCCAGACUACCAGGAGGCCCUCUACUUCCCUGUGCUCAUCGUGCACCGCAACGAGGGCUGCCUUAACCACGACCACCGCGCCCUGCACAGGAAUGGCUCCUGUGUGGAGACCUCCCUAUGACCCAGAGCUCCCAGACUUGAUCUGUCUGGAUGGAAUGUAGGUUUCUCCUGGAGAGCACUGAUUGGAUAAGAAACCUUAUGUUCUACUCCUGGGUCAAAUAUGGAUCUACUUUUUUUUUUUUUACGACUAAAGAGAUAAACAUACUGGAUUAAUGCAGCUUUUGGAUGCGUUUCCCUUGAGCCAGUCUGAAAUAAACACAAUUAACUUUAUGGGUCUAUUACACAAUGUGUGUUUAGUACAUCUAAUUUCAUAAGUACAUUCAGUCAGGGAAAGACUUGGGGCCUCAUUUACUAACAGGAUUGCGCCCAUUUCAGGCGUAAAAUAGUGGGUAAAGACA